CACAGUAUAGCCGCUCGGUUGCUGGGAGAUGGCGGGUCGGCAGCAUGUCGUAGCCUGGCUCAGCAAGGCGGAAUGGGAGCAGGUCCUGGAAUACCUGUACAGCCGGGACUGCAAGCUCCAGCGGGAUGCGCUGCACCGGAUAUCUGCGUGGAAAAGCAGGUAUGGGAACAAAAUGCCACUUGCUGUGGAAUGCACUGCAGAUCUUGUGCGCUGCAAGAUUUUGGAUGUAAGUGGUGGAAUAGGGGCAGAGGAGCUUGUGCUACUCUAUGGAUUGGCUCUUGUCAGGUUUGUAAAUUUAUUCACGGAGAAGAAGCAGAAAGCUGUAGCUAUUCCUUUGAGACGCUUGGCCAACGAGCUGAAUAUCCCAGAAUGGAUAGUGAACCUACGGCACGAGGCCACUCAUGGCAAAUUGCCCAAACUGAGCAUGUGUAGGAAAGGCUGGGACUGUGUGAUGGAGUGGCUGAGACGGGAAUACUGGUCCCGCCAACUAGGCAAUUCUACAACUUCUUCAUGGGUAUCUGAGGAAGAAGAAUUGUCGGAAGAGGAAGAGGAAGCUGCCCCAGAACUGUCUUAUAAAGAACAGAAAAGGAAAAAACUCUCCGUUAAACUGAGGGAGACUCUGCAGUCCUAUAAAAAAGAACAGUUCAAGAUUUUUAAAGAAAUCCAACAAGAUUCAAAAGCUAAGAAGCAAUGGUUGGCCACAGCAGAGUUGGAGUGGACAAUUGCACAGGCCAAAGAACUGGUCCGACAAAAUAGUGCAGGGAAUGCAGCAGAUAUUCUUCUCGAGGAUGGCUUCAUAAUACCUACUGCAAAACAGCAAGCGACUUUGAACAUAGAACCUGAAGAUAGUGAUGAAAACUUGCAUCUCCCCCGUGUGCUAUUCCGUUUCUGGCAGCCACUGCUCAAGGUCUUGCAUGCUCAGGCAUUUACGCAGGAAUUAUUGGAGAAAAUGUUCUCUGAAUUAGGUCAUUGCUCGGAGACUGAUAAUGACUUUAGAGCCCACUAUCUUAGCUGUUGGAUAUCAGAGAUCUUGACAGCCAAUCAAAGAGCUGAGAGAAAAUGCGUCAUUCCCUCUCGCAAUCAGGCAGCAGUGAAAAGCAAAUGGAAACUGUUUGCUCACCGGGUGGGUUUGCAGUGGAAAAAAUUAAUGCAGAAAUGCCUUGAGUCUCCGUGCCAAGCAACUCCAGACCUCUUAAGACUGAUCUUUGCAUAUAUGAAGCCUAGUCUACCUUCUAACACCCAGGAGAAGCUUCUGUGUCUCUGCUCUAUCUAUGUUCAGGAUGAUGACUCUGAUGUAUCUGUGGACUACAGUGACCAGCCCAUUUACACGGUGGAAAGCCUGGAGUGGAAAAUAAGGCAGGAAUCCAAGACCAGAGCUUUUAAUUCAUGGGCGAGACCGGCAAUGGAAGAAGAGGAAGAACCAGACACUAGUGAGCACACAGAGGAUGAAGAAAUGAUUACUGAAGAGUCCUAUGAGGAAGAAUACAUUCAAAUAAUAAAUGCAAAGAUGGCUAAAGAGCAGAAAACUGCAUUACAGGGCUCUGCAUGGAGUGUUAGUGCAGAUAAUGUGAAGUGGGGAGAGUAUCCUCUUGGUGUUGUUCCGGGACAGAUUGAUGAUCCAGGCUGCCUUUUGAUUGAUCGCUACUCUAUCAUGUCUGUGCUUGAACAGCAGGAUGCAGAGGGAAAGCAGAAUGGACAUGCUGACGCCACAAGCUCUCCUGUUGUCCCCACUUCCUCGCCAGAAACUGUGCUCUGGAGCCAGGCAGAGCUGAAUAAUAUUAAAGCGGGGCUGCGGUUAUUCUGAAGGCUUGUGUUCAUUUCAGUGUUACCAAUGGAAAUAAUGUGGUUUGGGAGAACAUCCAAGGCUACAUACACAACUGAUCAAUCCAAAACCAAGAGAGAAACUGAGCUGUCUCAUGGACUUUGACGUAGGUAGAAGUGGAUUCAAGUUAUUGGACAAUCUUGUGGGGAAAAAAAUCUGACAAAACGGAGUACCCUAAAUUGUAGGGCCUUCCCUUCUCUUUCAAUCUAGCGUU